AUGGAUUUUUCAACAAUACUUUCGAGUUCAAUUGUCGAGUUGCUAUUGUUAAGUGGAAUGUUUCGCUGCGCCGAAAAAGUUGUUUCGCGAAUUUCGAGAAAUAAAAUGAAAAAGAAAAGUUUCUCUGUAGUAGGAGUGUUUCGCUGCGCCGAAAAAGUUGUUUCGCGAAUUUCGAGAAAUAAAAUGAAAAAGAAAAGUAGGAGAGAAGAUUCUGAACCGAGUGUUCAGGAGAAUAAAGAUUGCUCAUUUCAGAAUGGCAAAGAUUCGCCUGCAACAAAAUGUGACUUCUCGAAUCUAGACGAGUCGCAGUUGCAAGCAAAUAAGCAGAAGAAAGGAAAGUUUAUGGGAUUUUUAACUAAUUUAUUCCAUAAAUUUUUGUUGUGUUGUUGCAUUUCAGGCGAGAUUUCUGGUUCCGAAACUUACGAACCGGAAAAGAAACUCGCAGAUUCAAAGCAAGAACACGACCGUUUCGAUAAAGCCAAAUAUUAUAUUGGCAAGUACAAAAUUACUAAAGAAAUUGGACGUGGAAGUUUUGGGACUAUUUAUUUGGCUAAGACCAAAUAUUCUAGAAAGAAAAAGGCUUUAAAAGUCGUAAAGAAGAAAGUCUCUUCUUCUAAUCAGUUUGGUGAAAUCCGGAGAGAAACAAUCGUUUGGAAUUGCGUGUCCGCCCAUCCAAACAUUGUCAGAUUGAUUCGAUUCCUGCAAACUGACACAGCCUAUUGCUUUGUCUCGGAUUUUGUCCAGGGAGAAACUUUGACCGAAUUUGUACAAAAGAAUGGCCCUAUACCGGAGAGAAAAGCAAAAGUGUUUGCCGCUCAAGUGGCCUCUGCUAUUAUGUAUAUUCAUAGUAAUGGAAUAAUACACCGAGACAUUAGUUCAAACAACGUUAUGUUAGAUGUGUACAAAGGUGCACAAGUAAUUGAUUUCGGUCUAUCCACAUACGAACGAAAUCCAAGAGAUUAUUGUGGAACUUUAUCAUUUAUGUGUCCGGAAAUUCUCCAGAGGAAGCCUUACGAUUCGUACUGUGACUGGUGGGCGUUCGCCAUUGUGUUAUUUCAAGCGUUGGUUGGAAGAACUCCUCUAGAGAUUUAUGUAAAAGAAGCUUUCGAUAUUGAUAAUGUGUAUUUAUUGCCCCGUUACGACCGAAUAAGAGCUGCUCUAAAUGUGAAGAUGUCGUAUCCUCCUGCAUUAUCGGAUGAUGCCAGACAUUUUAUUUAUGAUCUAUUGCAAAAGGACCCGUGUAGACGUCCUCUAGAAGUAAAUAUAAGAGAACACGAGUAUUUUCAUAAAGUGCCUUGGCCCAAAAUUACUUAG